UGCGAUUGUUUUUCAUCUGAGAAAUGUCCCUCCACGUUUCUGAGACAUCUGCUCACUUGUGCGGACAUCUAGCUGGCGUUGGGAGCGUCUGAGGGACGAACAUGGCAGGGGAUCUGGUGAUUGGGAUGCUCUAUAACUUAUUGCUGCCACUGCUCUUGCUCACCGCCUCUUCAUUCCGCUACAAUGGCCUGUCAGUGGUAUAUUUCCUCUUUUUGCUCACCUUGCCGCUGCUGCCGAACCCAAGUCUGGACUCCAUGAAAGGUAAAACGGGUCAGUUCCUGCGGCUGAUCGUCUACAUGAGUUUCAACUUCCUGACCCUUCAGUGCUUCAUGCAGAUCCCCUUCGCCUACAUCCCUCCACACGUUAGCAGCAUAUGGGAAGAUGUCCUCUACCAUUUGGGCAUUGUCAGAUUCAGCUCGGUCGAUGCUGGAAAUAUUGUGCGCCUCCUGGCCCCAGACAUAGGCCUCUUCUUGUCAUCUCUGUUCGUACUGAGGCUGUGCAGAAAACUGCUCCGCCCUCCGCCCCAAGUCAGCCUUCACGAAAACGGAAUCAGGCCGCCCGACCCGGAGGAUGUGGAGACCACUGACACGGAGUCGGAGGGAGGAAGCGACACAGAGGGCUCGUCCUUUGACAGCUCGGAAGAGACGACUGCGCCGGUUCAGACGGGUCCACCGCAGUUUGUCCAGAAGCUGAUAGUGUUUGCGGCCGGACUGAGGGUGCUGCUGUCAGCAAUCAUGAACACAGCCGGGAAAGUGGUGGUGACUCUACUGCUGGGGCUGGCAGGUAUCACGCUGCCCUCCCUCACCUCAGCCGUGUAUUUUGGGGCGUUUCUCGGGCUGGUGUGGUGGUGGGUGUUUGGCCGCUCCAUCAGCAUGCUGCUCUUCAGCUCCCUGUGUGUGAUGAUGGCCAUCUUCAGCGGAGGACACCUGCUGGCUCUGUACCUCUAUCAGCUGCCUCUGUCCCAGCAGCUUGUACCACCAGAUGACAUCUAUGCCAGGUUGUUUGGUAUGACAGGAGUGAUCAGAACCAACAGUUCAGACCCGCACACACUUGGUCUGCACUUACAUGUCAGCUGGCCUGACUUCGUCAGCCCCCUGGUUCUUCUGUUCCUCUACUACACUCUGGUGGCUCUGCUGCACAAAUGGGUUCACAUCACGGAGGAGGAUAUAAAAGAUGAGGAGUUUGAGAGUCCAGUAGAAAGUCCAGACGCUCCUCCAAGCUUCUCCAGGGUCAUCUACAUCUCAGGGGAUAAGAACGAGCUUUUGAGCAGCACAGAUGAGGAAACCUACCUACCAGAGGAGUCAAUGAUUUUAAUGACUGAAACUUCCUGGCAAGACGUCCACAGCAACAAUCUCGAAUCUCUGAUGGGAGAGGCAGGCUACACAAACUGUUACCCUCCACCACUUUAUGAAGCUAAGGACUCGCAGUCACGUGAGACAGAAAGCGAUGGAGAAAUGGGUGACAAGAGCGAGGACGUCUCAAAGAGUCUGACAGAGACUCUGCCUCCCCCCGCGGCCCCGAGUGGUGUGGUGAUGUUUGGGAGGCUGGUGCAAAAACACAGCUACGUCAGUGCUCUGAUCAUCAUGAUGGUGUGGAGCAUCACCUACAACAACUGGCUGACUUUUGCCCUGCUGGUGUGGUCCUGCAUCAUUUGGAUGAUGAGAGACCGGCGGCGGUAUGCCAUGAUGUCUGCACCCUUCCUCGCCAUCUAUGGCACCGUCCUGGUGGUGCUGGGCUUCCUGAGCGGGCUGCGUCUGAGCCGGGCCGAGCUGUACCCCGGGCUGCCCCCGGCCGUGAUAGUGGACUUUGACCUGAACAGCUACCACCCUGCUCCCUGCGUCCACCUGGGAGCAAAGGUCUUCUACACUUUCAGCUUUUGGCUGAUGUUUCGUCAGCAGCUGACGGAGAGACAGGAAGAGCAGAGCUUGAAGGAGGAGUCUCUAGAUGAAGUCAAAGUCAUGCCACCCGAGGAGAGUCAGCAGUCACCUCUGGUAGCGAUGGUGAUCUCAGGUGUGAAGGGCUUCCUGGUUAAAUACUGGAUCCUCUUCUGCUGCUCCAUGUUCUUUGUGGUCAGCUUCUCCGGAAAGGUGGUCGUCUACAAAAUCCUCUACAUUGUCCUCUUCCUCUUCUGCGUUGUUCUCUACCAGGUUCGUUACGACGUGUGGCGUCGAGUCCUGAAGACCUUCUGGGCGGUGGUGGUGGGUUAUUCCAUGGUGGUGCUGAUAGCCAUCUACAUGUACCAGUUCAGAAGCGUGUCUGCGCUGUUCAGACAGAUCAUGGGCAUGUCAGAGGAUGGACUGCGUGACCUGGGUUUGGAGCGAUACGACACGGUGGAGCUGUUUGCGCGUAUUCUUCUUCCUGCUGCAUUCCUGCUGGCUUGUAUCCUCCAGCUGCAUUACUUCAACUCCGACUUCCUGACUCUCACCGACCUGGACAACGUACCCGUCCGACAGAGUUCCAGAGAGGAAGAGCUUAAGAGUUCGGUCAAUAUGAUAUCUGACAUCAUUAAAGAAAACAUUGAACACUUCCAGAAAAAGCUCGUGAAGGAGCAGACUGGAAAUGGGAAAAGCCAAGAGACUCUGGACAGCAUCGCGCUCCAAACCUCUUCAGAAAAAGAAUCCGAGGAUCAGGAGGAGAUGUCAGGAGAAGAAAAUGAACCAAGCAGCCAGGAGAACAAGUGGGUGGUGAUUGUGGACCGGGCGAGCCUGCUCCUCAUCCAGGGCCUGUCGGGGUUUCACCGGCUCCAGGAGCUGAGCUGGAGGCUGCUGGAGCUUCACAGCCUCAAAAUUGUGUCUUCUGGCAUCAUCUGGGUUUCCCUGCAAGAGGUGUCGCUGAUGAACUCCCUUUUUCUGGUCCUGUGGGUGUUUGCACUCCCGUUCCCACGGUUACGACCUAUGGCAUCCAGCAUCUCUGCCGUGUGGGCCUGUGUCAUGGUGGUGUGCAAGAUGUUUUACCAGCUCAAAGUCAUCAAACCUCUCGAUUAUUCCUCCAACUGCACUGCUGGCUUGUUGCCCUCCAACAGCUCGGCUCUGGAUGACGGGGUGGAGCUCAGGGGAAACAUGAUGGAGCUCCUCAGGAGGUCCAUUCUCUACAUCGAGCCCGUCGACCCGGUCUACUGGUGCGGAGCACUGCGCAAGUGUGAAGGCAGGAUCCUCCCCUGUCUGAAGAACCACCUCAUGGUGUUGGGGCUGCUGGUGUUCGAGGCGACUGUCCAUCGCCACCAGCUCUACUUCCGUCUCCAUAACAACCUGAAGCCUCCGCCCUUCAGCAUCAUCUUCCAAGGCAUCACGAGGCAGCACCUGGACCACGGCGUCCUGCCCUGCAUCAAGUACUUCAUCAACUUCUUUUUCUACAAAUUUGGACUGGAGAUCUGUUUAAUCGUGGCAGUCAACGUGAUCGGUCAGAGGAUGGAUUUCUACGCCCUGCUCCAUUCCUGCGCUCUGCUGGCCGUCCUGUCGCGGCGGCGCAGGAAGGCCAUCGGGGAGGUGUGGCCUAAAUACUGCUGCUUUACCUCCGGGCUCAUGGUGCUGCAGUACCUGCUCUGCAUCGGCAUCCCUCCUGCUCUCUGCGUUGAUUACCCCUGGAGAACCGCACUUCAACCUUUAACCUCUAAUGUCAUUAAGUGGUUUUACCUGCCUGACUUCGCCAUGAGUCCCAAUCCUUCAUUCAUAUUCUACGACCACCUCCUGCUGCUCUGCUCGUCCCUGCAGUGGCACGUGUUUGAGGAGGAGAACCGAGCGGCCGUGCGUUUGCUGGCUGGAGACAACGUGGAGAUCAGCCGCAGUUUGGAUCCGUGCUCCUUCAACCAGUUCAUACCUGUGGACAACUUCCUUCACUGCAGGUCCUACCUGGACAUGGUCAAAGUGUUUGUUUUCAGCUACUUCUUCUGGCUGGUGCUCUGCCUCAUUUUCAUCACCGGCACCACUCGGAUCAACAUCUUCUGUCUGGGAUACCUGGUGGCCUGUUUCUACUUCAUGCUGUUUGGAGGCAGCGUGCUGAUGCAGCCGGUCAGAUACAUCCUGCGACUGUGGGACUGGCUCAUCGGGUACACCUGCUUCGUGAUCGCCAUGAAAAACCUUUUGUCUCUCGGGUCCUGCGCCUACCUGGACAGCCUGUUGAAGAACAGCUGCUGGUUAAUUCAGGCCUUCAGCAUGUUCUGCACCAUCAAAGGUUACGACGUCCCGGUUCCUAAUGAUGAGUGUGAGCUGCCAGAGGGCGAGGCCGGCAUCGUCUGGGACGCGAUCUGUUUCACCGUCCUCCUGGCGCAGAGGAGGGUCUUCCUCAGCUACUACUUCCUCUACGUGGUGUCCGACCUCAAGUCAUCCAAGAUACUGGCCUCCAGGGGCGCUGAACUGUUUGAGGCCAAAGUGAAGAAACUGGUAGCAGCCAGACUGGAGAUGGAGAAGAAAUCUGUGGAGACGCUGAAGAAACAGAUGGAGAAGAUCAAAUCCAAACAGAAGAGUCGACCGGCCGCGGAAGACGAAGCAGAACCUGCUGCUGCUGAUCAGAAGAUGCUGACGCCGGUUGAUGACGAGAAGGCAAAGAAAGACGCGGGGAAGUGGUGGAAGCCCUGGGUCUCUCAGCCUGGAGUGGAAAACAAUUGCGGCUACCACCUGUUUGAGAGUGACAGCGAGGAGGAGGAGGGGGAGGAUGUUGCCGAGAAGAAAGAGGAGGAGGCACCACCGAAGAAGAAAUCCGCUUUCCAGCUGGCCUACGAAGCCUGGGUCACCAGCUCUAAGUCGGCCCUCAAGGACCUGAAGAAGGAGAAGAAAAAGAUGAAGAAGGAGGAGAAGAAGAGGGCAAAGAGAGAGCUGCAGAGGCAACAGGGCAUCGAGAGAGGAGACUCUAGUGAGGAUGAACUGGAAGAAAGCAUAGUGGAGGAGGAGGUGGGAGAGGAGGAAAAAGAAAACAUCCUGCAGCGCGUCAUUAGCACGUUAAAGUUCGCCCUGGUGUUCAUCCAGUCUCUUCUUGACGACAUGACGGAAGGCCUGAACUCAUUCUGCAAAGACAACCUGGACAUUUCCAAAGUGCUGCGCUUUGAGCGAGCGUUACUCGGUCAGCAGCAGAAGAAGGGUAAAGAGGUGAGUCAGCAGAGCGUGAAGCAGUUUUAUGAAAACUGGUUGUCCCGUCAGAACACGCUGUCGUCUCAGGACGACCUGGACGAGUCCUUGCCUCCUCCCUCCUCCCCGCCCACCGUCCCGUCCUCACGUCACUCUUACGCCAAGCUCAAGAACCAAGCUUCCAAAGUGUCCUGGGGCAGCAGCUUUUCCAGCUGUAUGACAGAUGAGACCAUGCUGGGCUCCCGGCAGCCGACGCAGGAGGAGCUAGACGAGCCUCCCGCUUCCCCUCCUGCACCUCAGCUCCUCAGACGCCGGCUCCUGAAGGUGGCCAACAUCGACGUGGCCUCCUUUGAGACUGAUGAACUUUCACCAAGCCAUGAAGAUGGUUCCGGUCAGAAAGGCGACUAUGAACGAGACUCGGAGGACGGUGAGACGCACACAGAAGGUGAGAUGAAACGUGAAGAAGAACAAGAGGAAGAGGGAGAGCGAAUAGAAGAGGAGGAGGAGGAGGAGGAAAGACGACAGGAUGAUCCCGAGGUGGAGAGGGACGACCUGGACGAGCAAACCCCUCGGAGAGAAGAGGAUGACGAUGACCCGCGGUGCAUGUCGCUGGAUCUCAGGGAAAGCGAUGGAGAGGAAACUCCCCCUUCUCCCAGACCUCUGAGCCAAGAAUCGAGGAACCUCACUGCCAGCGAGCUGCUGCUCAACAACAUGUUCGAAAAUGACGAGAUCUCAGAUUCCGACAAGUUCUUCCUGACGCUGCCGAGGCCCCUGAAGCUGCUGUUUGCCCUCUACAACACCAUGGUGUCCAAGUCAGAGAUGCUGUGCUACUUCGUCAUCAUCCUCAACCACAUCGUGUCGGCCUCGUUCCUCUCCCUCAUCCUGCCCAUCCUCAUAUUCCUCUGGGCCAUGCUGUCUGUGCCCCGGCCGACCAAGCGCUUCUGGAUGACGGCUAUAAUCUACACCGAGCUCACAGUCGUGGUGAAGUACUUUUUCCAGUUUGGUUUCUUCCCCUGGACCACCUCAGCCUACCGGGGCAUCAACGCCGAGCGGCCCUUCGCUCUGCCCAACAUCAUCGGCGUGGAGAAGAAAGACGGCUACGUCCUGUUUGACCUCAUCCAGCUGCUCGCUCUGUUCUUCCACCGAUCCAUUCUAAAGUGCCACGGCCUGUGGGACAACAAGGAGGUGGAGAUGCCGGACUUCUUCAAGAAGCUGAAGAAGAAAGCCGACAAGAGGAAGAUGACGAGCGGAGACAAAGAGAAAACUUCACGGCGGCUCAGGUUCCUCCCGCUGCAGGCCUCCACCACCUCCAUGUUCUGCAGGAAAAAAAAAGACGACUCGGCAGAAUCUCACGAAAUUAAGCUCAAGAAGCAGAGCAGCAAGAAGAAGAGACGGGAGCGGCACAAGGCUCCGCUGACCAGGAAGCAGAGGAUGAGACAGCUGGUCAGAGAGAGGAUGCUUCAAGCCAAAGCCACCAUCAUAGAAGUCGCGCUGCACAUCUACUUACCCAUAAGGCAGUUUUUCUACGACAUCAUCCAUCCAGAAUACAGCCCCGUGUGUGACGUCUACGCCCUCAUGUUCCUCAUCGAUGUCGUCAACUUCAUUGUCACCAUAUAUGGAUACUGGGCUUUUGGGAAAUACUCCGCAGUAGCCGACAUCACAGAGUCUCUGUCAGAAGACCAGGUUCCAGAGGCUUUUCUGGUCAUGCUGCUCAUGCAGUUCGGGACCAUGAUAGUGGACCGGGCCCUGUACCUGAAGAAGUCUCUGCUGGGGAAGUGUGUCUUCCAGGUGGUGCUGGUGUUCGGCAUUCACUUCUGGAUGUUCUUCAUUCUCCCCGGGGUCACAGAGAGGAGGUUCAACAGGAACCCGAUCGCUCAGCUGUGGUACUUUGUAAAGUGCAUCUACUUCGGCCUGUCCGCCUACCAGAUCAAAUGUGGCUACCCAAACCGCAUCCUGGGAAACUUCCUGACUAAGAACUACAACUACCUGAACCUCUUCCUCUUCCAAGGUUUUCGGAUGGUUCCCUUCCUGACCGAGCUGCGGGCGGUGAUGGACUGGGUCUGGACCGACACCACUCUGUCCCUGUCCAGCUGGAUUUGUGUGGAAGACAUCUAUGCUAACAUAUUUAUCCUCAAGUGCUGGAAGGAAUCAGAGAAAAAAUAUCCCCACCCUCCAGGGCAGAAAAAGAAGAAGGUGGUGAAAUAUGGGAUGGGAGGAUUCAUCAUCUUUGCCCUCAUCAGCAUCAUCUGGUUCCCACUUCUCUUCAUGUCUCUGGUCCAGUCUGCAGCUGGAGUGACCAACCAGCCGGUGGACGUCUCGAUCCAGCUCAGCAUCGCAGGAUACGAGCCUCUGUUCACUAUGAGCGCCCAGGAGCAGAACCUGGUUCCCUACACAGAAGCUGGAUUCAACAGACUCACUAACAUUUAUGCCACUCAUCCGUCUGCCAUGCAGUUCAUAAUGAACUACGAGGCGGAGGACAUUGUUGUUGCCAAGAUCAAGAGCGACGCCAGUCUGCUGUGGAGCAUCAGCCCGGCCAGUCGAGCAGCCAUGAUCCAGGAACUCAGCAACUCCUCUCAUAUAUACAUGACCCUGCGCUGGACGCUGCUCAGGAAUGCGUCCAUAUCAAUGAACGCAGAGACAGUGGGAGAACACACCGUGAAGUAUAACGACGACGCCUUGAGGGAAGGAAUUGUUCACAUGCUCAAAGGCAACAGCACCAAACCUGUGAUCAUUCAUUCACUGUUGCCAAAGUUCAUCAGGGGUCCCAAAGGACCAGAGUCUAAAAUGGCGACAAGGAUGACAGUGGACCAGCAGGCGCUGUCUUUCUUCAGGCCCAUGUCAGUGAAACUCGAGCAGGUCAACGGGACGUCCAAGAAGGAUGGCGACCAGUGGUGGGUGGUGGAGGAGUGCUCCCCAGUUCUCACCUCCUCCGAGCACAAGUGUCACAGCAUAGAGAUAGUGGUGUUCAGUGAUAAAGUCAGCCCCUCCAGUCUGGGCUUUCUGGCCGGACACGGCAUCGUAGGUCUCUACAUGUCCGUGGUGCUGGUCAUCGGGAAGUUCGUCAGGGAAUUCUUCAACGGGAUUUCCAGGUCCAUCAUGUUUGAGGAGCUGCCGUGCGUAGACAGGGUCCUGAAGCUCUGCACGGACAUUUUUGUGGUGCGCGAGACGGGAGAGAUGGAGCUGGAGGAGACGCUCUUUGAGAAGCUCAUCUUCCUCUACCGGUCACCGGAGACCAUGAUCAAGAUGACCAGAGAGAAGAAAGACAGCUAGGACUUAGCAGCAUACGCUAACCUACAACAACACGGUGAAUGUCUAUUAGAACUUGCUGCUACCUACAAAAAAAAAAAAAAAAAAUCACUUGACAAAAACUUUCUGAUCAUAGACUGAUAAUUUAUUGUGGGAUGUAUUUCCCUUAAUUUGUGUUUUUCUUAAGUCUUUCCAGUCAAAUUCUAUAUGUCUAAUGUCGUGUCAGAACAACUUCAGGUUUAUUUGUUCUUAUCAUCACUGAAUCCAAACUGCAGGUUAAUUAAAUAAUUCGCUGCCAGUUGGUAUUUUACUAUAGUUUAUUCAAUCACUGGUCAAUGCAUGCACUUAUAAUUGCUUUUCUAUAAAGGUUUUUACUGUUGUAGUCAUCCAUUCUCAGACAGAUUCUUAGAAAUCAAUGAAAUGACUGAACUAUUCAUGAUCAACACAAACACCUCUGUAAAUACCACUCAGUAGACUACUGCGCUGAUUUAUUUAUAUCAAAAUAAAAAUGAUUAUACAAA